UUGACUCUCCAGAACUAAUGCUCUGGUGGUAGCCAUUACCCUCUAGGGUUUGGAUAUUCUGGAACCGUAUUGCGGCUCGUCCUAGCACAGCCUUACUUUGCGGUCAGGGCUGUGUCAUCUGAGCUGCUUUGUUACGGUAGAUCCUGCAUUUUCGGCGUCUUCUUAAUCCGGCAUUGGAGUCGACUGAACGGCUCGAUGGUUGCGUGGUAGAAGCGGUUGUUGCUGCCAGCGGAAAGGUUUCCCCCCUCCUCCAAUUCUGAAUGUGCUGCUGCCUCCGGAUAAAGCACGAUGGAGGCGGACCUAACGAAUAUGAUCGACAUCGAGAUACAGUGCAACGGCGGCGUGCUGGGGACGGUGGUUAUCGAUAAAGAAUGGUCGCUGUCGGCGGUGCGGACGGAGAUCUUUGCCGUGUUUCCAGGGACGGCUCCGGAGGAAUUUGAGUUUUGGAUCCAUGGUCCAGGUGAGGAGCCGAAGAAGAUAUCGCAUCGCCGGGAACCGCAUAUUUCGGCGGCGGAUUUCAUGCCUCCUAAGGAAUUGGAGAUUAGAGCUUUAGAUGAUUAGAAGGUCUCUGGUGGUCAUUAUUUACACGUGCACUCGCAUGUAGGGGAAUUUUAGCUGGGGUUUUUAAUUUUCAAGUCGCGUCAAGCGAUUGUGGAUCCACGUUAGAAUAGAGGGCAAGCCAGUGGCUCUCACGGAUGAAACGGAUGGCGUCUUAGUGGUCUCUGAUGGCGCUAGUGGUUUAUGAUAGUGUCCUGGUUCUCUGCUGGUUUUGACAUAUUGUCAUCUGAAGACCGAUUUCAGAGUCGUUUUUAUCCUUCAGUGAACCGUGCCAUUUGCAUUGAUUU